AUUCCGAUUAGCAAAGAUGUCUGGACGUGGUAAAGGAGGUAAAGGACUCGGAAAGGGAGGCGCCAAGCGUCAUCGUAAGGUUCUUCGUGAUAACAUCCAGGGAAUCACCAAGCCCGCUAUCCGCCGCCUGGCUCGCCGUGGUGGUGUGAAGCGAAUCUCUGGUCUGAUCUACGAGGAGACUCGUGGUGUGCUGAAGGUUUUCCUUGAGAACGUGAUCCGUGAUGCCGUCACCUACACCGAGCACGCCAAGAGAAAGACCGUCACCGCCAUGGAUGUGGUCUACGCUCUGAAACGACAGGGUCGUACUCUGUACGGUUUUGGAGGUUAAAUCUUGGUAUCCAUCAGAAAUUUGAACCAAAGGCUCUUUUAAGAGCCACCCACGUUUUCCUGAAAAAAGUUAGUUUCCAUCCUUGUGUGCGACGUUCAUAAGGGCUUUUCAAAAUACAAAUUGGUUAAAACAUUGACUCAAUAUCACAAAAUAAGGGAAGGUGUUAGA